AUGGCGAGCACCGACGGAGCGACAGCCGACGAGGACCGGCCGCUAAUGGCCCCGCUCACCGGCCGUGCCAACGGUCACGGCAAUGGUCAUGCAGCCACCGCGUCCGACCGCCAGCCGCACUCCCUGGCCGAAGCUCUGCACGAGGCGGGCGUUCAUCUCAACGGAUCCUCCACGGCCGGCUCAGAAACUCCCAGCGAAGAGGACUACGAUGAAAACAUACGGCCAUCAUACGCGAGCGGCGUCUCUGCUGCCGCCGCCUCCCGCCCGCAGACGCGACGAAGGAAGCAGGACGCCACCAAGACAGAGCUUCCACCAGCCAAGAAAGGGCGCCUUGCCAACAUCAUCCGCGAUGAGUCCGGCCUGCACAUUAUUCCAGACAACGACCAAGGCAUCCAGGAGCUGCUGCGGCGAAGCCCCCUCCGUUCCAAGGACCCCAAGUCGGCCAAGAAGCUGACCAAAUUUGGCAACCUCACCUAUACGCAGCAACUCUCCGUCUUUGACCCUCACAACGUUGUUGCAACUAAUAGCCCGUUUCAUGGCUUCUACACGCUCUUCUGGCUUUCCGUCGGGUUGUUUGUAUUCAAAAUAUCCGCCAACAACUGGAGGCAAUAUGGCACGCCGUUGGGGUCUCAGGAGAUCUUGAGGACCAUGUUUUCCCGUGAUGUUAUUGUAUUGCUUCUCUCAGAUGGAGUCAUGUGCGGCCUUACCGGCGUCAGCUGGGUCAUCCAGAAGCUCGUCUUCCGCGGCUGGCUGGAUUGGGACGGCUGGGGUUGGAUCGUUCAAAACAUUUGGCAAACGACAUUUCUUGCAGGAGUCGUCGCCUGGACCCUCAUCCGCGAUUGGCCCUGGACACACACCGUCUUCUUCGUCCUGCACGGCCUCGCCAUGCUCAUGAAACAACACUCCUACGCCUUCUACAACGGCCACCUCUCCACAGUCUACAGGCAGCGACUAUACCUGCUCGCAAAGCUCAAGCAGCUCGAGCGCGUCCAUCCGUCCCCCGACGAGUGCUCCACGGCGCCAGCCGCCAGCACCAUUGACACCACGCGGCUCGACGCGCCGCCCUCGGCCGCCGAGCGCCGGCAUUCGUUGGCCCAGCUCCCCAACACCGAGCGAGACAUCGAUCGCAUCUCCAGUGCCCUUGCCUCGCGCCAGCCGCUCGACGACGAGCAGAUUCGCCUGUUCGAGCGCGUCGUCAAAUGGGAGGUGGACGCCCUGGCCGAUGAACUUCGCGGUACAGCGCGGGAUGCCAGCAAGGCCUACCCCAACAACCUGACGUUCUUGAGUCAUUACAAGUGGAUUCCCCUGCCGACUGUGGUGUAUGAGAUUGAGUAUCCGCAGACGGAUUCGAUUGACUGGGCGUAUGUGGCCGAAAAGACGGCUGCACUGGUGGGAGUCAUUUUUGUCAUGAUCCAGGUCUCGCAAUACGCCAUAUACCCCGUGUGGUUGAAGACGGUUCAGAUGAAGGAGCAAGGACUGUCGCUCGCCGACCAGUUCAAGGAGUUCCCAUGGCUUUACGGGGACCUGAUUUUCCCGCUGAUGAUGGAGUAUCUGCUUGCGUGGUACCUCAUCUGGGAAACCGUCCUCAACAUCCUCGCCGAGCUCACCUUUUUUGCGGACCGGAGCUUCUACGGCCCCUGGUGGAACUGCGUCUCCUGGGACCAGUUCGCCCGCCUGUGGAACCAGCCCGUCCACUUCUUCCUCCUCCGGCACGUCUACCACAGCUCCAUCUCCUCCAUGAAGGUCAAUAAGCACACCGCCACGCUCAUCACCUUCUUCCUCUCCGCCUGCGUUCACGAGCUCGUCAUGCUGUGCCUGUUCAAGAAGCUGAGGGGCUACCUGCUGGCGCUGCAAAUGUUCCAGCUGCCGCUGGUGCGCCUGGGCCGGACAAAGUGGCUGCGCGGGCGCCAGACGCUCGGCAAUGUGCUGUUCUGGUUGGGCGUCUUUACGGGGCCGAGCUUGCUGUGCAGCUUAUACUUUAUUCUCUAA